CUGGGAGACCGUGGGGGAGGGGCCACGGCUUAGUUCCGCGGGAAGGGUUUGAGACUGUCUCCUCCGGCUCUCCGUAGUUCUCUCUCUGGCGUAGGCGAUUUCUCUGUACCUCCAGAACUGAAUCAUCUGGAUAGUAAAUAAGCACAGGAGGGUAGAAGAAAAUACUCAUUGAUUCUGAGAAGAUAAGAAGUGCUUCACCUCUCUGGCUUUAAAGACAACUGGACAAUUGUCACUUUGGAUUCUAAAAUAAUGUCAUCAUGGCAAGGUUUCGAAGAAGAACGUGCAUCAUUUUAUCACUUUUUAUUUUGUUUAUUUGCUCCCUGAUGAUGGCUUUGAAAACCUUGAGACCUGAUAGAGCUGUUUUUGGGGAUACAUUUGGACUUGAUCUUCUACCAGAACUUCACCAACGCAAAGUCCACUUGGAAACUAAGCCUGACAUGCCAAAUGGGGCCAGGGAUGAUAGUAUAACAAACAGCAAAAGUAUAAAGAGUGUUGCUGCCAGUAGCCUAAAAAUUCCUGUGGUACCUGAGAUAAACAUGGAAGAUCUGCCAUCCCCUAAUUAUAAUAUUCAUGUAUUUUACUAUAGUUGGUAUGGAAAUCCACAAUUUGAUGGCAAAUAUUUACAUUGGAACCAUGCCAUCUUACCACAUUGGGAUCCCAAAAUUGCUAAAAAUUAUCCAGAAGGCAGCCAUAGUCCUCCAGAUGACAUUGGGUCCAACUUUUACCCUGAGUUGGGAACUUACAGCUCCAGAGACCCUUACAUCAUAGAGACUCAUAUGAGGCAAAUGCGCUCAGCUUCAAUUGGUGUAAUAGCCCUAUCUUGGAACCCACGUGGUUUAGCUGAUAAUAAUGGGGAAUCUACUGAUGAGUUGGUGCCUGCUAUUUUGGAUAAUGCUCAUAAAUAUAAUUUAAAGGUCACUUUCCACAUUGAACCAUACAAGAAUCGAGAUGAUCACAGUAUGCACAAAAAUAUCAAGUACAUUAUAGACAAAUAUGGAAGCCAUCCAGCUUUUUACAGGUAUAAGACCAACAGUGGGAGAAUCUUGCCCAUGUUUUAUGUGUAUGAUUCCUAUUUCACAAAGCCAGAAACCUGGGCCAAUCUUUUAACUGCCUCAGGGCCCCUGAGUAUUCGUAACACUCCCUAUGAUGGAUUGUUUAUUGCUCUUCUUGUAGAAGAAAGACACAAACAGGAAAUCCAGAGAAGUGGUUUUGAUGGAAUUUACACAUACUUUGCCACAAAUGGCUUCUCUUAUGGCUCAUCACAUCACAACUGGGCAGGCCUAAAAGCCUUUUGUGACAGCAGUGGCUUACUGUUUAUCCCAAGUGUGGGGCCAGGAUACAUAGAUACCAACAUCCGACCCUGGAACAACCACAACACUCGGAACCGAGUCAACGGGAAGUACUUUGAAACUGCUUUUAGUGCUGCGCUUCAGGUGCGACCUGAUAUUAUUUCCAUUACCUCCUUUAAUGAGUGGCACGAAGGGACUCAGAUUGAAAAUGCUGUUCCCAAGAGAACUGAACGCAUAGUUUACCUUGAUUACCAGCCUCACAAACCAGGUAUUUACCUGGAACUUACUCGUAAAUGGUCUGAAAAAUACACUAAGGAAAAGGAACAGUGGCUUGUGUGAAGUGAAUCCAGUGGCCACUUUAAUAUAUUUAGUCCAAAGUGCUGUCAUAAUCAUAACAGCCCAGUGUAAGUAAUUAUAUUUUGUCAGGUAUACAGAAGAAAUCUUAAAGUCAAUAUGCAUCAUUCCUAUAUCUUUAUUAGAAUGAAUAUAGACUUUUUGUAAAGGGUUAAAAUAACAAUAUUGUCAUUGUCAACCUCUUUCAAGUUGCAUUUUGAAAGUAUUUGAAAAGAAAGCUGCGUAAAUUUUUAUAGUCUAUAAAUCAGAUUUAACUAACCUCUCUAAGAUAAUUUCUGAAAUAUUUAUGUACAGUAUUAGCAUAGUUUAUGUUAUUUAAGGUUGGGAUUGAAAUUCAACUUUUAUGACAGUUUAAUUUUUAUUUUGUAACCUGUUGUACAGAAAGUAAUUAGCAUCUAAUUAGAGGCUACUUGCUUCCUGGACUCAAAAUCCAGUUUUGGUUUAUCUGUGGUAGAAAUCACUGUGGUAGAAAAGCAAGGUACUAUAAAAUAAUGUGUUUCCUUCUUCAAUUUUGAAAGCCAUUUCCCUACAGUAACUCAGCUAGCUAAAUUCAUGCCUUCUUAAGAAUUGAGGCUAUUGGUUACUGGAACGAAAAGCAGCAAAAAAAUCUCCUAAGAUACAGCAUACAUAUAAUCUAUGCCUUAAGUUAGCAUUACUAAAGUGUUGUUAAAGAUAAAGGGACCUUUUAAAAAAAAGAAAACAAAACAAAAAACCAAAAAGAUAAAGGGACCUUUUCACAUAGCUCAAUGUAUAUUGUAACUUUGCAAUUUUCUAAGUACAUAUACUAUGUCAAAUGCUAUGCAAGUCAUAAAUACCUUCUCCGUGUCAGAAAAGGUUUUGUUUGGGAUCUUUAAAAUCUUGAAUUUGUGGGAUUAAAUGAUUAGCAAAAUGCCAUGUACAAGUUCAUCUCUAUCAUAUAUAUGCAUGUAUAUUUACAUAUGUGAUGUAUAUAUAUGGUUUUUAAGGCUAUUCAGUGCAAAAAUUUUUUUUACUACACUUAUUUGUGGUAUCUUAUUCCUUAGUCUUGUCAGAGAAGUGAUUAUCAUUGGAUUGAAUUCAGCAAUGAAAUUUUAAAUUAGUCUGAAUGUAAGAUUUCUUUUUUUUUUACUCACAUGUAAAACUUGAGUAUAGCCUUUAGUCAGUAUUCAUCUAUAUAUUAUUUUCUUUUCAAUUAUUAUUUUAAGGGCACAGUCUAUUUUAGGAAAUGACCUAUAUACAGAUUGAUAUGAUAGUGUACAAAAUUAUUUAAAUGUACAUAGGGGAAACUGAAUGAAGAAUUUAGGUUAAUUUUAUUUCUACAAUUUUACUUUUGCCCAAGUUUGGUUUUAUUGUGGUGAGAACAAGAAUAGUGUUAAUUUUUUCAAUAUAUAGAAAUAUGCCUAUAUUUUAGUACUUGGCACUUUCAUAGCACCUUUAAUCUGAGAAUUAAAACACUUAAAUAUGGAGAUCAAUGGUUAUUAACAGUAGCUGUUUGCUAUUUAAAAGUAACCUAUUGUCAGACAGUAAUCACUCAUAGUAUUGAAAUUCAUCUAUUAAGUUACCACCAAACCAGGAUGUUGAAAUGCAACCUUAACUAGUACUGUAAAUUAUUUACUUGUAACCCCAUUCAGCAAAACAUACUGAAUCUGCUGUUAUAGCAAUACAGUUAAAGUUAAAUAUAGAAUCUGUGUAGGGGUGAAGAGAUGAGAAUAAGAUAAAACAAUAAAUGAUAGGUCAUCCAGAGUAGCAAUAUUUGUCUUUGAAAAAGAGUCAGAAAUACACAUUCAGACACAAAGGCAAAUACUUCAUGACCCUCAUUGUAGUUUGGCCUUGAUUUAUCUGUGUAUGUAGAGCAAGUGGUAAUGAUAUGCAGGUUAUCACAAAUAAUUGAAAAUCAGGAACAAUGUAGUCUAGCUUAAUCACUUUUAUGUGUUCCUUCAAUAUAUAGUGAUGUAUCCUUUGCCUUCCUCACACCAGAAAAACAAAUAGACUACUGUAUGAAUUACACUGACAUGGUAAUUGUAGCAAUAAUAAUAAUGGUAGCUGAUAUUAUUCUAAUGCUUUACAGUUUGCAAAGCACUUUGCAUACCUUAUUCAUUUUAUCCUCACAACGUCCUGUGAGGUAGGUAAUACAAGUGCUAUUAUCCCCAUUUUAUAGCUCAGAGAGAUUCAGAGAAAUUAAGGGGCUUGAUCUUAUAUUUCUUUACUCCAAAUCUAACACUGUACCAACUGUGCCUCCCAAUUAACCAGAAAUAUCAAUUAAAUGAAAUCACUUUGUGAAUUCCAUCUUUAGGGGAAAGAAAUAAGUCAUUUCUCCCCACCAACCCCCUCAAUAAAAGUAUAUCACAAAAGCAAAUGUGUAUUAAUAUUUAAAAGUUACUUGUAGGGUACCAAUACUGGUCUAAUUUAUCUUUAUAUUCAUUCUACAACUACAAGACCGUGCACUAAAAUUUUACAUUCAGAAUGAUACAAUCAAUUUUCAACAAGGAGGCAAAAGUCAAAAACAUGAAUAUUAAUAAAUUAAAACUAUGGAAAAUAGGGGCUUAGGUUCCCACAACCACUAAAACUAAUCUUUCACUACAGAUUGCUAAAAGUACACUUUUCUGCAUACAAUUCUUUAUAACAAAACACUAAUUCUUACAGUAUGCACUUUGCCUAACACAGCAACCAUGAAAUAACCUAUAAAACAAGGUACACAAAAUAAAACUGAUAACAUGCAAAACAUUUUUUCACUAGUAAUUCCCUAGAAUUCUGUGACCUUUUGUGCUAACAUCUCAAUUUAAAAAAAAAAAUUAUUUCAGACAAUAUUCAUUUCUUGUAAAAUAUGAAAUCUACAGUACUAUAAAUACUGCAUAGUAAACACAGUUCUUAAAACUAAAACUUUUUUUUUAACCUGAACCUUAAACUUACCUUCUACUGUGUCAGAUGGCAGUGUUAGGGUACUGUAUGAUAUACUACUUCCCCCCCCUUUUUUUUUUGCAUACUUUCCUCUUUUUUGCAGAUAUAAUGAACCGUUGAUUCAUUAACACCAAACUCACAACCAACAUUCCAACACAAAGUUAGAUUUAUCUAACACCUUUAAUUUUUCACUAAGACAUAUCACUGGCUUAGAGCCAAAUGGACUUGCUCUACACUUUGGGGGCAAAAUUGCAACACAAAACUUGAAUGUUAAAGGCAAGCAAUGAAAAUAUGCAACAGAUCCACAGGGAGCUCUUUACAAUGGUAGCAUGAACAAGACCAGUGAAGUCCCUAGUAGGAUACUAGUCACUCCACAAACUUACAUGCAUCAUGCCUCUUAUUUUUUUCUCUACUUCACAUAACUGUGAAUGUGUGUGGUUACCAAUGCAAAAGUGAAAAUAAAGUUACUAAUAAAUCACAGAAAUGUUUGAAGUCAUGAAAGUUAAACAUAAAUGUUGAGAAUUGACUAUAAUCUUGAAGCAGGGCAAGUUUCUCAAUCAACAAAGAAGGUUUCAGAGUGUUUAUUUUGCUUAUUAGUAAGGCAGUUAGGGAAUUAAUAUGUUGAGUUUUUUAAGUUUUCAAUAAUCAUGGUUGAAACAAAAAGAGGCUUCAAAGAAGCCAGUUAAGUAGAGCAUCCCAUUACACUCAAUAUUUCCUUUAAGAGAUUUUAUCACAAACCAUUAUUGUAUUGAAAUAAUCAUGUACUAAGUAAACCUAUUUAUUUAAUGUAUUAAAAAAGCUAAUUCAAUGACAUUUUAAAAAAUUCAGUAUAGCCACUAUAGCAUGCUUGAAAAUGAGGAAACACAGCCCAAGGUAAAGAGAGGCAGUGAUAGGGAGUCUGGAGACAUGGCUCUAAGUCCUAGCACUUCCACUAUGACAUUAGGCAAGUCCCACUUAAUUCUCUGACCUCUAUCUGCUUAUCUACAAAAAGAAGGGAUUCAACUCCAUGAUCUAAUUUCAAAUCUAAAAUUCUAUGUUUUGGGGGCAGCUAGGUGGCGCAGUGGAUAAAGCACUGGCCUCAGAUUCAGGAGGACCUGAGUUCAAAUCCAGCCUCAGACAUGUAACGUUAGCUGUGUGACCCUGGGCAAGUCACUUAACCCUCAUUGCUUCCCCCCCCAAAAAAAUUCUAUGUUUUUAACCCCGUUGUUUGCCGUUUCUAGAAAAAAUAGUUGCUCUUGGCCUUGUGUAUUUCAUAUUUAAAAGAAACCAUAACUCUUUCUCAUUCCAGCAUUUGCUCCAUAACACUUUGUGUCAUUUCAGUUAGGUUUCUAAAUCAUAGUAGUAGCUAGCACAGGGGUUUUCACACUUUUUUGAAAUUACGGAACAUAUAUUUUUACUCCAAUAUUUCCAUGGAUGUAUAACUUCAGCACUGUUAGUGUGUCCAAUUCCCAUAUAAAUCACAACCCCAUUUUAAGACUAAGAAAUUAAGUGUUCUUAAAGUGAUGCUAUGAUUGAAAAUCCCAUUACUCUAUGGCCAAUCUAGUGAUACCUUCUAUACUAGAAGCCUUCCUAAUUUGGAAAGACCUACCACACUUUGUACUUCACUAAUAAAGCCUUCACACCAUGAUGAGUCAUGGGGGUGAAUAGGCCUUUAUAUUCACAUAAAAAGAAUUUAUAAAACCUUAUUAAAGAGAUAAGGUUUUAAUGAUAAAAAUAGUGCAAAAUUUAUGUUAAAUAACACUCAACAAUCCACAGAAGGAUCAUUCUAAAAUAAUAAAUAGAUUAUAGUCAUAAAGUAGAUUGAAAGCAAAAGUUAUAGGAAUAUUAUACUUGUUCUCUCUUUUUAUGUUCCUUAUUUGGGUCACAGUAUCACAAAUGUAAUAAAUUAUUUUCAUUAUAUGUAAUAACAAGCACCCUCUUCACAUUCUGGUGUAGUUCUUGGUUGCACUUGUGAACAAGGGCACUACUAUUAUUUAAAGCUGAGGAAAUAGCUCAGAGAUAGAAGGGGGGAAAAAAGACCUCCAUCUUAUUUAAAGGAGAAGGGCAGAAGGAGGGAGGGCAAGUAAUUUCACAUGCCCUCCCCCCAAACCUAAAAAAUCUAAAAAAAUCUAAAACCUAGUAUUACUUUGCACAAUACAGUCCCAUGCUAACUUGUGCAAAGUACUGUAUAGAACAGGGUUUUCCAAAUUCUUUAGUCACACAGAUCUUUUAUGUUUCAGUAGGAUAAAUCUUGGCAUUUUGGGUUGGUUUGGGUUUUUUGGGUUGUUUUUAAGACAGUUUAAAAAAGGCUGAGCUUACAACCAUAUCCUGACUGUUUGACCUAUGCUGAGUCAUAGAAUUUCACAGUUGAAAGGGAUCUUUGACACCACCUAGUCCAUUCCUUUCAUUUUAUGGAUGAUGAAACGAUGUGUCUUAUUCAAGGUCAUGUAGGCAAUUAGUAGCAAAGCCUAUAGUAGACCCAGGUUUUCCUAAUUCUCAACUCAGUGCUUUUUUUCACAAUGCCACUGCAGUCUUUUAAAUUUUCAUAGUCUUAAGUCUUCAGAGCUUGUAAUAUUUAGAUUAAGGCUACCUCUAAACUAUUUUCUUAGUCUUCUCUAUGAUUUUUAGUGAUAAGCUAAUGGAAAUGAGCUUCUUAUAAGCCUUUUACCUGAAAUAAUUCUAAAUACAUAUUUUUGUUUGUUCUCUACAAAUAAUUAGAACUGUUCAGAAAAUAUGCUAAAUCAAUAUUUUAUUUUGAAAUCACAAAGGAUUUCUUCUGAUGAGGGUUUGAGCUCAAAAGCAGGAAUAGGUAAAUACCAAGAUAUAUUAAUAGAAAAGAGGUUGGAGUGUGAUUUAUCUAGAGAUGACCAUAACUUUAGGUCUCUCCUGAAAAGAAAUUAAGUUUACUUGGAGGAUUUUCAGAGAAAAUAGUGCCUUUUCAGAGGAAAGAUUCUCUUUCAUUGAAUAACAAAUGUGAAAGUCAUUUUUAAACAAUGCAUUAAAAUAAAACAGUCCUGUGGAGUUUCAUAAACUCGAAAGUGUGCCAGAUUAUUUUUAAUUUUAAAUUGUUUGUAGUUGGAGAAUUUGUCAUUUCCCUUAAGAUGAUUAGGCCACACCAAAUCAUUACUAUUCCCAGUCCUAUUGUAACCCAGUUGUUACCAUAUUGAUAACUUUGUGUGGCUAAAUAACCUCAUGGGAAUCAAGAAACAAGUAUUUAGUUGUUUUGUUUCCCUUCCAAAGAUUACAAUUCUUUAAUCAUAAGAAGAUGAAUUUAGAGCUAAAAAGAACAUUAGAGACCCUCUAGGCUAACCCAUCAUUUUACAGAUGAGGAAAUUGAGGCCAGGAAAAAAUAAACGAUUUACCCAAGGUCACACAGCAGGUAAUAAGUGGCAAAAAUAUGAUCUAAAUCCAGGUCCUCUUCAUAUCCAGUGCUUUUUUUCAUUGUACCACAUACUGCCUAUCAAAUCAACAGAUUAACUUUCAUAGGCAGUUGGAGAGAUAACAUACAGCUAUCACUUUAUUCCUUCAGUCAGCAGAUAUUUUUCCAGCUCCUACUAUGUGAGAAGCCCUGUGAUAGAUGCUGUGUGGGACACAAAGACUAAAUCAUAACUGCAGGACCAAGUAAAAUAUAGGAGAAUUGGGGGCAGCUAGGUGGUACAGUGGAUAGAGCACUGGCUCUGGAUUCAAGAGGACCUGUGUUCAAAUCCAACCUCAGACACAUGACACUUACUAGCUAUGUGACCCUGGCUGGGCAAGUCA